UUAAAAAGUGACAUUUAAUGGCUGCCGUUCAGCACACGGAAAAUUAUUUUUAGCCAGUGGGAGGUUUUUUGUGUCAAGUGAAAAUAAUUUAUACAAUUGAUUCUUUAAAAUAAAUGUGCUUCUAAAAGUUUCUGUUAUGUCUAACGCAGCGGCAGCACAAUGGGUGAAGUUCUUCAAUGCCUCUGGCAUACCAUCCCCAGCGGCAGCAACUUACGCACACAUAUUUGUCGAGAAUCGCAUACAAAAUGACAUGCUUAUGGAUCUCAAUAAAGAAUAUCUGCGGGAAAUGGGCAUAACCCCAAUGGGCGAUAUAAUUGCCAUAUUAAGGCAUGCUAAGAAUGUUAGUGAUCAAACUGCUCGGGAAAAGGUUCUGACAAAUUCAGAAAUGUGUGUACCAAUCGCGGCUGUCCCUGCAAAUCCUCAUUCAUCGCAUGAGCGUCCCUCAACAACUACCAAAGUUAAACUAAAGUCGGUACCCGUAACAUCAAGCACUUCAAUCAGCGCUAACAAUCGAGUUCGCAUCAAGACUUCCGAAGACAUUGAAGCAUUACUUCCCAAACAAGCGCGACGAGUUUUAACCGAACAUGAGGGGAAAUACCAAAUAAAACUUCCUCCCUCUGGCAGUACAAAGCGCAGCAAGGAUAUACUUCGGAAAAACGAAAAAUUGUAUUCGGAUCGUGAAAGCACGCAACGUCCUCAAGUUUUUGAACGUCUAGCUAAAAACUCUGCUUCGACUAUAGAUUUGGCCAACGAUGAUACAGAUGAUGGUGAAAUUAGCAGCAGUAGUACUAGUAGCAAUUUACAGAGUGGUACUAUUCGCAAUGUACGAGUACGGAUUACUGGCGUCGAUGGAAGUAAUAAGACAACCAGCAGUUCAUCUAUAUUUUCCCGUUUGGGUGGGAAAACACAAGGAGAUUCAGAUGAUGAGUUAGUAAUUGCAAAACAUAUUAAACCAAUACUUAAAAAUGCACCGAAAACAAUCAAUCGUUCUGCAAUUGUUAAAGCUAAGGCUGUGGCCUCAAGUGUGUCCCCAGUGCGUUUGAAUCCACAAAAGCAAAAGGUCAUACUAGUAAAGAAGGUGCCAUUAAAAACUAACGAAAGUGAUGACGACGAUAACGAUUCUAUGACUAGUGUUAAUGAAGUGGAUAUGGAUGAUAUUGUCACUAGUUCGAAUGCUGUAAGCAGCAGCGAAAAGAUAGUGAAAUUCGCUUCCACAGCAGAGGUGCAUGAAAUAGUACCGGAGCCCCGAUAUAAAAAAAUACCUAAGGAGCGAAAUUAUAAAGCAAGCGGUGGAGGAAAUGCUGCAGGCGGCGUUAAGUCGAGGCUGGGUUUAAAUACAGUCUUACAUACCACAAAGAAAACAUAUAACUUAAAAGCUGCCAGUAGUGCAAAUGCAAAAUCUCGUCUCAGCCCAGUUAAAAUUAAAUCUAUGCGUUUAAAGUCGGACGAGAUUUUAAUGCGCCAAGAAUUACCAGUACAUCGUCGAUUAGGUGGACCCAGUAACAUAAGUAGUACUACCAUGCAAGGAAAAACGGUCUCAGCACUUUCGAAGCGAAUCGGCAAUGUGAACAUCUCAAAGAACUCGCCUACCUUACAAAGAAAAACACAACAAAAGAGUUAUGCAUCAGUUUUUGAUCGCUUGGGUUUUAAUAGUUAAGUCUUUCUUAGGAACAUACAUAUACAUUAGAUCGGUCUAAAAAUACGCAGGAAACCCACUUUUUGUUAUUUUAUUGCUGCGGCCCCAGAAGUAAAGAGUAUCGAAAACAAGGUGACUCGUAUUUUUUUCUUGCAUUCGGUUAAUAUUUAACCGUGCCGUCGAUGUUUUGAAGUUCCCCUAAAUAUGUAUUUUAUAUGGAGAAAAUAAUUUUUUAGUAGGAUUGCUAUAAAAUCGUUCCGAAUAGUUUCGGAUAGUUUGAGGCUGGUGCACAAAACGAAGAGGUCGUGGCAUCUCCCGCCUUUCCAACUUCAAAGGGCGAACACUAAAGAAUUCAAUAAUCCAUUCCUUUUCCUCGGAUUCCUAUGAGCCUCAAGGAAGUCUCAUGAAAAUGGGGGAAACAUCAGUGCAUAAUACUGCGGUAAGGGAAAGGAGUUCUCUGCCCAGUGUGGGUUAUCCUGAGCGUGUUAGUGUGCCGGAGACUACAUAUAUUUUCCAUAUUUAUUUAGCUUUAAAAGUUUGCUAACUAUGUUUUCUAAACAACAAACACGUAAAACUACACAUUUAUUUAGAUAAAAUAUAAGAUUAUCGGUUAUGAAAAAGUAGUUUUUAAAGUUGAACAAAUAUUCAUAAUUUUAUUUUUUGAAGAUCUUUUAUUUGAUAAAAAAAUAUUUUUACUUAUUGAUGUUGCAGCAGUUUUAUGAAAAAUUGUUUUUUCCCCAUGUAAAAUAUAUGGAAAACUUCGAAGCCUCGUCGACACGGUUAAAUAGGCUGCAUUCCAAAACGUCAAAAUACAAAGCAUCGGUCUCUUCUACUUCCAAACCACAGCACAUUGUAAUGUCAAAUGUGCGCAACCAUGGUUUGAUACUACUUUUCAACUAGGUUGUGCAAGUUAGACUUUUUCUUCUAGUGCGGUUUAGAAAUAAAAGAGACUGAUGCCUUGUAUUUUGACGUUUUGGAAUUCACUCAUACUAACUGAUUUCAAAAUCGAAAAUACGGGACUCCUUAUUUUCGAUAUUCUCCAGUUCUGAGGGUGGCCCUAAUAUACAUAUAUGUUUAGAAUUUAGAUAUUGUGCGUUGGAGGGCCAGGUUAUUGAGUUCCAACUAUGUAUUUUCAUUUAAUAAAUUCGAAUCAAGAAUAUUUAAGUAAGAAUGGUGGAAUUAUAUAUAUAAUACAUUAAACAAAAUGCUUCAAAUACUGCAUACGUACAACAUACAUAUUCUCAUCGUAAUUAAUUACAACGUAAUGUGGCUGAGAUUUAAGGGAUAAAAAAACUAGUUUCCUUAGGAAUAAGCUAAUUCCAGAUUUUUAGCAUACUGUCAAAAAAGUAGUCAUCUUAAUUCCUUUAUACGUUUUGCAUAUACGACAUGAGUUUAUAGUUUAGCACCAAUUGAACUGGUAUAAUUUUAGUGAUGGUUUUAUGGGAGCGAAUCUCAUUUCGAUCUCGCUACAGCCGGCUCAAUUCUGGUCAAUUCCUUUAUCCGUUUUGCAUAUACAACAUGAGUAUAGUUUAGCACCAAUUGAACUAGUAUAAUUUUUGUGAUGUUUUUUUUUUUUUGGCAGCGAAUCUCAUUUCGAUCUCGCUACAACCGGUUCAAUUCAGUUCAAGACCUAAUGCACCCGCAAACAUUAAUGGCUGGCGGCUACAUGCGGUUACAAUAGGAUUGUUGUCUCUAAUCUUAGGAAGAGCAUUCUACACAUGUUUUACACAAACAAUCACAA